CGCCCUCCUCCUCCUCCUCCUCCUCCUCUCGCCGAGCGGCGGCGGUCGGAGAUGGAUGCGUCCCGGUGCCCGGCCGAGCGCGGGCUGUGGCGGGUGCUGCUGCUCGGGAGCCUGUGGCUGGGCCACGCGCGCUCCGUGCUGGCCUGCCCGGCCAACUGCCUCUGCAGCAGGACGGAGAUCAGCUGCCGCCGGCCGGACGACGGCAGCCUCUUCCCGCUGCUGGAAGGGCAGGACUCGGGAGGCAGCCCGGGCAACGCCAGCGUCAACAUCACCGACAUCUCCCGGAAUAUCACCUCCAUACACAUAGAGAACUGGCGGGGGCUGCACACACUGAACGCGGUGGACAUGGAGCUGUACACAGGACUCCAGAAGCUGACCAUCAAGAACUCGGGCCUCAGGAGCAUCCAGCCCAGAGCCUUCGCCAAGAACCCCCACUUGCACUACAUAAACCUGUCCAGUAACCGGCUCACCACACUCUCCUGGCAGCUCUUCCAGACGCUGAGUCUUCGGGAAUUGAGGCUGGAGCAGAACUUCUUCAACUGCAGCUGUGAUAUUCGGUGGAUGCAGCUGUGGCAGGAGCAGGGGGAGGCCAGGCUGAACGCCCAGAGCCUCUACUGCAUCGGCCCCGAUGGCGCUCAGCUCCCGCUCUUCAAGAUGAACAUCAGCCAGUGUGACCUCCCCGAGAUCAGCGUGAGCCACGUGAACCUGACGGUGCGUGAAGGGGACAACGCUGUCAUCACCUGCAACGGCUCCGGGUCGCCGCUGCCCGACGUGGACUGGAUGGUCACCGGCCUGCAGUCCAUCAACACCCACCAGACAAAUAUGAACUGGACCAACGUGCACGCCAUCAACCUGACCCUGGUGAACGUGACCAGCGAGGAUAACGGCUUCACCCUGACCUGCAUCGCCGAGAACGUGGUGGGCAUGAGCAACGCCAGCGUGCCCCUCACCGUCUACUACCCCCCGCGCGUGGUGAGCCUGGAGGAGCCGGAGGUGCGGCUGGAGCACUGCAUCGAGUUCGUGGUCCGCGGGAACCCGCCGCCCACCCUGCACUGGCUCCACAACGGGCAGCCGCUGCGCGAGUCCAAGAUCACCCACGUGGAGUUCUACCAGGAGGGCGAGGUGGCUGAGGGCUGCCUGCUCUUCAACAAGCCCACACACUACAACAACGGCAACUACACCCUUGUGGUCAAGAACCCGCUGGGCACGGCCAACCAGACCAUCAGCGGCCACUUCCUCAAGGAGCCCUUUCCAGAGAGCACAGACAUCUUUGAUUUCGACUCUGAAGUGAGCCCCACGCCCCCCAUCACUGUGACCCACAAGCCAGAGGAAGACACUUUUGGGGUGUCCAUUGCGGUCGGACUGGCUGCUUUUGCCUGCGUCCUGCUGGUGGUUCUCUUCAUCAUGAUCAACAAGUAUGGCCGACGGUCCAAAUUUGGAAUGAAGGGUCCCGUGGCCGUCAUCAGCGGCGAGGAGGACUCAGCCAGCCCUCUGCACCACAUCAACCACGGCAUCACCACCCCCUCCUCCCUGGACGCGGGGCCCGACACGGUGGUCAUCGGCAUGACCCGCCUGCCCGUCAUCGAGAACCCCCAGUACUUCCGCCAGGGCCACAACUGCCACAAGCCGGACACCUAUGUCCAGCACAUCAAGAGGAGAGACAUCGUGCUCAAGAGAGAACUGGGGGAGGGGGCCUUUGGAAAGGUCUUCCUGGCCGAGUGCUACAACCUCAGCCCCACCAAGGACAAGAUGCUUGUGGCGGUGAAGGCGCUGAAGGACCCCACGCUGGCUGCCCGUAAGGAUUUCCAGAGGGAGGCUGAGCUCCUCACCAACCUGCAGCACGAGCACAUCGUGAAGUUCUACGGAGUGUGCGGCGACGGGGACCCCCUCAUCAUGGUCUUCGAGUACAUGAAGCACGGAGACCUGAACAAGUUCCUCAGGGCCCAUGGGCCUGAUGCCAUGAUCCUCGUGGACGGACAGCCACGCCAGGCGAAGGGUGAGCUGGGGCUCUCUCAGAUGCUCCACAUCGCCAGCCAGAUCGCCUCCGGCAUGGUGUACCUUGCCUCUCAGCACUUCGUGCACCGGGACCUGGCUACCAGGAACUGCCUGGUUGGAGCCAACCUGCUGGUGAAGAUCGGAGACUUCGGCAUGUCCAGAGACGUCUACAGCACGGAUUACUACAGGGUGGGGGGACACACCAUGCUCCCCAUCCGCUGGAUGCCCCCCGAGAGCAUCAUGUACCGGAAGUUCACCACGGAGAGCGACGUGUGGAGCUUCGGGGUCAUCCUCUGGGAGAUCUUCACCUACGGGAAGCAGCCCUGGUUCCAGCUCUCCAACACAGAGGUCAUUGAAUGUAUCACCCAAGGCCGGGUCCUGGAGAGGCCUCGGGUCUGCCCCAAAGAGGUGUAUGACGUCAUGCUGGGGUGCUGGCAGAGAGAACCCCACCAGCGACUGAAUAUUAAGGAAAUCUACAAAAUCCUCCACGCCCUGGGCAAGGCCACCCCGAUCUACCUGGACAUUCUCGGCUAGUGGCGGCCGGGGGAAUCAAGACUCCCUCACUUUGUUGCCUCCUCUCUUCCCGCCUCACGUCCUCCCGACCACCAACAUCCCCCAACUCCUCUCUUCCCAUCCUCACCGAAGACCAUCUUCAUAUAAACUCAAGUGCCUGCUACACAUACAACACUGA